CGUAUUUGGCAUCCGCGGUUGUUUAUUUUAAUCUGCUAAAAGGUUUGGUUUUGUGUCCCAAAGUGCUCUCAAAAUGAGUCAACAUACUUCUCAAGGAAAUUUCAUUAGCAAUGCAACUCGUGGUGCAGUAGGAGUUAUUCACAACGUUGCAGAUCUAAUUCUUCCACCUGCUCUGGAUAGCGUCUUGCACGGCGCUGCUCGAGGUAUAUUAGAUUGGGCAGGUGGUAGUGGAGAUUGCAACCAGAACCAGCCCUGUUGCCCUCAACCUGCAUGUACCUCAAUGACACCACCCGCUCAGCCCUAUCCUAACAUGCCACCUGCUCAAGCUAACAUAUCACCCUCACUCAGGAGCAGUCAGUCCAACACAGGCAGCGGGAAGCAGCAAAACAUAGAGAACAACACAAAUAGCCCCAACAAUUGGUAACAUGCUUGUGGGACAUCAAUGGAGACUGAGCGGUAAAGUCCGCGUAAACAAAACUCUAAGUAUGUGUUGUGUUUUCUGUCAUUUAUGUUUCUGUGUUGAGCUGUCCACUCAAUACGCGUUUUCUAAGCCUAUAUAACGAAGAAAACUAAGUAUCGUACUCUCUCUUUUUUCA